AUGGAAAAUCUCGGAAAAAAAGAAAUGAAUACUGUUGUUAUUUACAGCCCAACACAGAAUUUGUCAGCAGUUCUAGCGGAUCCGAAUCGGUCUCGUAGUGAGACAAGCUCAUUUUUCACUCGUCAUUGGGGCGAUCAAUUUGUUCCUGUGACCACAAUUCCACCUUCUAAACACCUCAAACGUGUAUCGAGCAAAAACAUCGAAAAGUACAGUAAAACUACGGGCGAGUUAUAUCAACGAUAUCGGUCAAUUCGGAGAGCUUUGAGGAUAAGUUACGGUGACGGUGGAGCUUUUGGCGAUGAGAAGCAAGAUGCCGAUGAUCUUCCUACGAUAUUUAUCGAUCCGAGAUUUUCCCUAUCAGAUCCGAGUACAUUUUCGACCGUUUUUACGAUACCAUCAAAUGAAAAUGCAGACGCUCUCCGACGGACUUUGUCUGGCAGAAAUGUUGUUCCGGCAACUCCUGCUGAAGUCUCUGCAAAUUUGAAGCCUGGUCAGUUUCGAGAUUAUGAUUCACUACAUGGUAGACUCGAGAUGAUGCAUGACGUGGUCGACGGAAGGCUUGCGGCAAAGCUUGUUUCAAAAACAGACGACUUUUGGCAAGUUGUUCGAAGUUAUAGUGGAUUGCAAGAACAGCUCGCAGUAGCAAUGAAAAGUGUCAAGAAUGUUAGGUCGAGCUUAAAACAAGUCGAUGAGCUGAUUUGUGAGCAGUCGAAGAAAAUCGUCCAAAUUCAUGAAAAGAAUGAGCAAAAGAAGAAACUUCUAACAAAGCUAAAUGAUAUUGCAUGUCUUCGUGAGGCGCAAUCCACUGUACAAAUGAUGUUAUCUCAAGGAGAUUAUCCAAAAGCCAUAGAAUGUAUAGAAACUAGUUUGGAAGUGCUUUCUGGUGUUCUUAACGGAGUUACAUGUUUUAGACAUUUAUCUUCUCAACUUCGAGAACUUUACGAUGUUAUUGGACGAAUGAUGAAUGAAGAUUUUGCCACGACCAUUCAGAGGGAGCUCGGAAUGAAGCCUGAUUCUGGAAAUCUUAUUCAGGCGGAAGGUGAACUUUCUGCUGUUUUACUUGGUCUUAUGCGUAUGCGAAAAUACGCAUUCAUUGGUGUUCUUCGCGAGGAAAUUCGAGAAGGCGUCAACAAAGUUAUGCGUCAAGUCGUCAAGACAUCGGUUCUCAAGAGUGGUGUCGAUUUGAGCGAUUUCGAUCCAAGUUUGAGUAAACUGAGCGAACCGGUUCGUCGAAUGAAACAUCAACAAUUUGUCGAAGCGAUCAACACAGUUAUGAGAGAAUGUUACGAGUUUUGUGUUCGUCUUGAGGCUAUUCAAGAACUAAUGCUAGAAAUUGCGGAUCGAGCGCAUCCUCCAACUGAAGCUACCAGUGAUAUGGUAGAAACGAUCAAAGACGCUCAUUUUAACGAUGAAUCUGGAAGCGAAGAUACUUCAGAUGACUCGGAUCCAUUGAAUACUUCAAUACACUCAAAUGUUAGUGCCCCGACAAGCACGUCAAAUGCAUCGGCGACGACUUUAAUGUCUAUUGAAGUGAGGUCGGAAGCCUUUCUGCGAAAGGUUCUUCAUCUGAUUGCCGAAUACGGUCAUCAAUGUACACAGCAUAUUAUUGCCAAGCUUCUGAUUGCAAGAGCAAAAAACGCGGUUCUCACAGAAUCAACAACACCAACUCAACUUUGUGAAUUAUUGUCAUUAGUCAGUACGUAUCAAAAAAGGUGUGAGCGAUGGUCAUCAACACAGAGCUUCAAAGCUGGCCAUUUGAGCAAGGCUGUCAACAAGCUUUCAAUGGAUUACAUUGAGAAAUUUCACGCAUCCCGAAAAAUUCGCAUUGGAAAUAUGCUUGAUACGGAAUUGUGGAAAGCUGUUGAAAUUAGCCAAAACGAUCAGCGAAUGAUUGACAUGUCUUUAGAAAAUUUUGAGCUUCGCAAUUUUCAUAAUAAUUUGAGUUCGGGUGAAUCAACACCAAAGGUGGAAAAAUUGAACCGAUCAGAAAGCUCAUCCACGAUAAGUACCCAGGCAAGCAGUCCGAGUUCGGGGUUAAUGAUUGGUGAGGAAAACUACGUGGUUGUUGGAUCUUGCGUUGCCAUGAUUAAAAUUCUUGCCGACUACUGUGAAGCGGUCUCCCAGAUGCCACAUUUUGCCCAGGAUUGGAAUUCUCGAAUAAUUGAGCUGCUCAAGACCUACAACAGUCGGUGUUGUCAACUGAUUUUAGGCGCUGGCGCUCUCCAGCUUGUUGGUCUGAAAACGAUAUCGGUUAGAAAUCUAGCGCUCGCCGCGCGAUCCCUUGAAUUGGUUAUUCGUUUGAUUCCAAUGAUACGCGACGAGAUUGAUGAAGUUCUUCCUGAUGAGAAAAAAAACCUGCUUCGUUAUUUCAAACAAGUCGAAUGUGAAUACAAAGACCAUGUGGCUGAAAUCACACUCAAGUUGAUAAACGUGAUCGACCAUUAUACGGUCAGCUGCCUGCAAACGUGGGAAGUAAGCGGGACGAUACCAUCGAAAGAAUUUCAACAGAUUUGUCGACAUAUGACAAAAUUUCAUAAUGGAUUGUUUGGCAUUAUGCCUAAACGGCAGAUUCAGGCACUGUUCGAAAAAGUUCACGAGAACUUCAAGAAUAAUUUGAAAGAAAGACUCGAAGAAAUGAAAAUCACGCCACACGAUAGUUUGAAAUUUGGCUAUGUCACCAAGGACUACAUGUUCUAUCAGCAAAAUCUGACAAUGAUGGAAAGUUGUCGAUCGAUGGAAACCGAUUCGCUCAAUGAUAUUUUAUUUACAAAUUAG